AUGUUUCUGAGAUCUCUUUCCGGCGUCCCGAGAUGUGUCUCAGGUGCAGCCCUACGACUCGAGUUCGCCCAGCCUUCAAUUGUUAGACGAGCAUGGAGUCGAGCCAUUUCCUACACCUUCCACCUAUUAGCAUCGGAUGCUCGAAUUAGAGGUGGCUUUUCCAAUCUGAUCCUAAGAGAUAUUCAUAAUUCCCCUUGGAAAACUACAAUUAACCUCAAAUUCCGCUCUCUUCUCAAUUUGAAUUGUAAAACUGUUCUUAACUUAGAGUGUAUCAGCCCGGUGGCCCUACCCCUAAUUAAAAGAAACUACAGCAACUUGACUUCUCCAACACAGCUUCUUGUGCAAGAGGACCGUGUUCAGGCCUAG